AAGUUAAUAGCUUUCAUGGGAGUUCAUUUUAAAUUUAUUGUGAAACAUACGUCGUCGGGAAAAUGCCAGAGGCAGAUAUAGUUUUUCAUACCCGUUCCGCUGGAAUUUCGGCCGAAGGAGUCCGCGAUCAAUAUGCUGACGGCAAGGCUGCAAAAGUCUGGGAAAUAUUCAUAGGAGACAAAAAAUCCAGGACGGACAACUAUAAGAAUUUUAUAGUGGAAUUGCUUAGGGGUAAAGGAUGCAAGAGGGUGCUGGAUGUAGCAUGCGGUACAGGGGUUGAUUCCAUUAUGCUGUUGGAGGAAGGAUUUGAGGUUGUAUCUGUUGAUGCGUCUGACAAAAUGCUUAAGUACGCCUUGCAAGAACGUUGGAAUCGAAGGAAAGAGCCUGCAUUCGAUAAUUGGAUUAUCGAGGAGGCAAAUUGGCUCACCCUUUACGAUGAUGUGCGAGAUAUUCUUCAAGAUGGAUUUGAUGCAGUUCUUUGCUUGGGAAAUUCAUUUGCACAUAUGAUGGAUUCCUUUGGAGAUCAACGGGAACAAAAGCAGGCAAUCCGAAACUUUGAGAAAUGUGUUAAACCAGGUGGUUUGCUGCUUAUCGAUCACCGAAACUACGAUCAUAUUAUGGAAACUGGAGCCACACCAGCGAAGAGUUUAUAUUAUAACUCAAGUCACACAGCCGACAUUAAGACCUCCGUGUUGUAUGUUUGUGGUAAGCCUGCAAUGGUUGCGAUGGAUUACCUGAUAAACGUUAAUAAUGAGCAGAAUGAGUUCCGUCUUUCAUAUUAUCCACAUGAAUUGAAAGUUUUCACAACGAUGCUCAAGGAAAUUUUCGGAUCGAAAUCGGGUCAUACCAUUUAUGGUGACUUCAAGCCAUUGGAUGAUAUCAAGGAUCCUGCUUUCUAUAUACACGUGAUGGAGAAAGUAAAAUAGGAUAUGAUUUUAGUUUUAAAAAAUUGCAUUUUAUUAAUGAAAUUUUGUAUAUAUUUUUAAAUAUUCAAAUUGAAUGAAAAUACAUAAGGGUAGAGCCUUUAAAAUUUGAACAAUAUA